AUACAAACUACUCAAACACACUAUCCACAACCAGAAAAAGAUGAGAUCUCCUUUAAAGUGGUGCCGGCAGGAGAACCUAAAGUAGCAGCCCUUAAUAUACCAGCCGUUAAUAUUGUUAAACAACAACCACAGAAAGUGCCUUUACCUUAUAAUAAACACAGCAUAGAAUUGGUGCCAUCUAGCAUAAUAACACAGGCAUUGGCAACGGCUGGGGCAGCAGUCGGCGGGGGUAAUACACAAUUUUUACAAACGCCAGCUAAUGCUUUCUAUAGCAAUUACAAUAGCCAGCAAAAUGUUAGGCAAUUGCUGCGUAAUAUUGAUGAACGUUUAAGGAAUAUGAGAAAUGUGGAAAUGAGAGUGGCCAAAAUACAGGAAAUUUUUGAUUCCAUGCAUUUUUCUUCAUCGGCUAACUUGGCAUUUAAUAGAAGUCUUGCCUUAACUAAUGACAAACCUAUAAUGGAUUCUGUGGAUAAUAAAAUGCAACAAGAUUUGUUAUAUUUUAGCAAACGUUUGGCUUUAAAGUUGGAAAAAGCUUUACAUGUGGUGCAAGAGUUAAGAGAUUAUUUUCAAACAAAUAUCACACAAAUCAUGCAAUUUACCAAUGAAUAUGAAGAAGAUUUAGAGGAUGAUGAGGAUGAGGAAUUGCAAGAUAGUGAGGUGGAACCAGAAUUUGAUAUGGAAUUAAAUGAUAUAGAAAAACCUUUAAGUUCUCAUAUAAAACCUUUAUAUCUCAAUACAUUUAUACAAUCUUGUUAUGAAAGAGACUCUUCCACUUAUAAUACAGCCACCGAAAGUUAUAAUAAAAACACAAUACAAAUACUUAAUUAUGAUAAGACUGAUUUUUUGCAAACCAGACGCAACUAUAUUGAUACUACUUUGCUCAAUGAAAAUAAUGAAUUAACUUUGGAGGCCAAUGCUUAUAUAAAGGAAAAAAUCAAAUCCUUAAAACAAUCCUUGCUCAAAAAUGAUUUAAAAACUCCCUGGAAUAUGGAGAAAUAUCAAAAUAAUAAUCCCAAAUAUAUAGGCAAUCAUAUAAAACAUAUUUACUUCCUUUCACGCAGUGAUGAUGCUAGUGAUUCUUAUAUGAAAUUCUAUAAUGAUUUACAUUUUCGUUAUCUCUAUACCUCAGCCAUACAAAAUAAAUAUGUCUUCCUGCUACUGGAUGUGGGUUCUGCCAUGAGUGGUGAACUUUUGGAAUUGGCUAAAACAUACAUAUCAAAUAUUUUACAAUUACUAACACCCAAUGAUCUGUUAUCCUUGGUUUGUGUUUCUGAUGAAAUAGAAAAUAUGCUUUUAUUGGAGGCUUCUUCCUAUGAUGCUGCCAAUGGUUUGUAUGCUACCACCCGUGAACGUAAAGAGGAAAUUUUAAAUUAUAUUAAUAGCUUGACUUUAAGUCGUGCUUUAACUAAUCAUUCUUUGGGCUUUGAGUACUCGUUUCGCAUGAUUUCACGUCUACAAAAUGCCAGUUUGAUUAGCUCUCAGAAUCCCAUAGAAUUUGUUUAUAUAACUCGGGGUUUGUUAAUAAAUUUCUCGGAUUCUCGACAUGUUUUGAAUGUUAUGGCCAAGGGUCAAAGGUCAUUGCAAAAGCCUAUUGUAAUAAAUGCUUGUGGAGUGGUAUUGGAUGAAAAACGCAUUAUGUAUGAAAAACAAUUUCUUACGGAAAUUUCUUCACAAAAUUAUACCAAAUAUGAUAUAGAUACCAAGGAUUGGUAUAAACCGGAACAUACAUUAUCGGGCAAACUGUUUAUGCUGACAAAAACUCAACAGGAUGUAAUAAUCCAGGCGGCCACUGCCAUAUUUGCUAAGGAUUUUCAAGAGCCUCAUAUACAGAAGACUUGGCAGGUGCACACACCCAUAGUGGAGGCCAAUAGUAGAGAUUCUAUUGUCUCCCUUACUCACGCCGUAUUACCUUUCGGUGUCGUAGGUGUUGACUUAUAUUUAUCCGAUCUGAUAGAAGAUAUCAUUAGCUAUCAACAGCAGCAACAACAAUUCUCUAUGAAUAGUAAAAAUGAGUAUUCCUAUGCUUUCCUAAUCGAAGCUGACGGUAAUACUUUAGCCCACCCGGCCUUUCCUAGGCCUUUUACACAAAAUCAAACCCCUUUUCCGGUAGAUAUACAAUAUCUAGAAAAUUCCACCGAUUUUUCUGAAAUCAGACAAAAAAUAUUAACACAAGAAAAUGGCAAUCUAUCUACGACAAUAUAUUUAACUAAAAAUCGUAAACAGGAAAAAUACUUGAGGACAUAUCAAUGGCAUAAUAUAUUGAGUAUUUAUAUAUUGUGUUUGGUCAAUACUAGGAAAUAUGAGGAACCCGCUACAACUAAAGAAAUAAAACCUGUGUUAUCGCCACUACCAGCCGCAUUGCCUUUGACUUUAAAACAUUUUUCUUCGAAAAACAAUAUUCCUAUGUAUCAUCAUGCAGAGGACUAUGAGGAAUAUUACACUAGUUUAGAUUUACUAUAUCAUCGUUUGGAUUUAUUACCACCCAGAGACACCACCAAUCUAUGUCGCUAUUUUAGGCAAAUAGCCACCCUGGAUUCAGCCACAUUAUUUUUAAGCUCUUUGGCUUUUGAAUCGCCUUUUACUUUUCUGCACAACAAUCGUAUGAGUUCCUCACAAUCCCAACUGCAUACCGUGGAAAGUAUAAUGGCUUAUUUAAAGGAUACCACUGGUUUGCUGGCCAAUCCUGGCCUUAGGCCUCAAAUCCGUCAAGAAGUAAAUGCUCUCUAUAAUGCCAUGCAACAUUUAAAGAAAAGACAUCAGGAUGCUAGAGGCUCUUUAAGAAACUAUAUAAUACGCCGUUACAUAGCCUCUGUCAAUGGUGUGCUGCAGGUUUUUCCCGGCUGUCUACUCAACAACAACUAUGAUCCUUCCCAAAGACCCUGGUAUCGCAAGGCUAUACAACAUCCUGGCAAAAUAAUAACCACAGAACCUUAUUUAGAUGCUGCUGGUUCCGGUUAUAUAAUAACCAUUGCUCAUACCAUAUUUGAGGGUAAAUCCAACGCUUUACAUUCCAUAGAACGUGAUCAGCCUGUGGCUAUAGUGGCUUUAGAUUUACCCUAUGCCUAUUUCUAUAAAAUCAUUCUAGACUCCACACCUCUCUGUCAAAUGCAUAAUAUAAAAUGUUUGCUAUUUGAAAAUGAGGGUUAUCUUAUAGCCCAUCCCUCUAUGCUGGAGCCAAAAUCUGCCAUAAAAAAUCAAAGAAGGCCUCAUGAACAUUUGACGCAUAAAGAAUCCUAUUUGGCUAAUGAUAUAUUAAAUCAUAAAAAUCUAGUGCGUAAACUAGCCUGUGCCAACUAUCAAAAUCGUACUCUACAACGUUAUUAUAUCUUUAACACUUCCCUUAAUGAGAUCUUAACCAAUGUGGUGCAUGGUGAAAGAACUAAAUAUGCCAUAGCUUUACUUAAAGGCAGCAAUAUCUUUGCCGCAGUGCUCAAUUCCACUUGUGAUGGUGGUGCUUUCUGUCCCUGCAGUACUAUAGAUCGUCAAUGUUUGAAUUGUAAGCGUAUGGAUCAAUCAGAUUGUGAGUGUCCCUGUGAAUGUCCCAUGCCUUUAAUGCAAUCUCUAGAGGAGGAGGAAGAUAAUGCUAACAAAGAACAUUUAUCAUAUUUAAAUAUUACUUAUCAAUAUGAUUGUGAGCCUCCCUAUGAGCCCUAUGUGGCUGAGCCACAAAUUUUAUUACAACAGGAAAAUGUUUUACUUGGCUCCUGUGUGAAUAUAAAUUGUGAUGUUUUUGGUACUCAGAGGGACUGUUUGGCGGUAAUGGGUUGUGAAUGGUGUCAACAGGAUGUGGAUGGUAAUGGUUUUGCUGCGGCUUUCUGUAGUGCCCAGUCGGCAUGUUUUAAUG